UCCCAGGGAGUGAGGAUCCGAGAGCAGAGCCGGAGCAGCGGCCCGGGCAGCGGCUGGGGCAGCGGCCGGGGCAGGAGCAGCAAAGGAGAGGCAGCCCGCUAGUCCCUCGGACGCUACCGGAGCCGCCCCAUCCCCCACCGCCACUGCAGUGCCGGCUUUCUCCGGCCAGAAGGACCCAGGCGUCCCCGGUGCCCCAGCCAUGGAGCAAGACAACAGUCCCCGCAAGAUCCAGUUCACUGUCCCGCUGCUGGAACCGCACCUGGACCCGGAGGCGGCGGAGCAGAUCCGAAGGCGUCGUCCCACCCCAGCCACCCUUGUGCUGACCAGUGACCAGUCGUCUCCAGAGAUCGAUGAAGAUCGGAUCCCCAACUCUCUGUUCAAGUCCACAUUGUCCAUGUCUCCAAGGCAGAGGAAGAAGGUGACUCGGACCACGCCGACGAUGAAAGAGCUCCAGAUGAUGGUAGAACAUCACCUCGGACAGCAGCAGAAGGAAGAAACGGAAGCGGCAGCGGCAGAGAGCGAAGGAACUCAGGAAUCCUGCCUGCCUGAGCCUGAAGACGCAGAAAUGGGUUCAAGGCUGAGCCCCAGUGCCCACACCACCUCUGAGGGUCAAAACAAAGUAGGUGGCCCGGAGCUACAGCAGGAGGGAUUGAGGUUAGACAUCAAGAAGGAAUUCCUGCCUCUGGAAUAGGUCCAAGGGCCAUGAAGCUGUCCUGGAAUCGAGGCUGGGGCUGGGGCCCCCCAAUUGCUGGUUCUUUUCUUCUUUCUUCAUUUCGGGGGGAAAUCUCGCAUUUCUAAAAAGUGAUAAAUUUGGUGUUGGGCCCUUG